GUGUCUCUGCAGCACCCCUGCCCCGGACACAGCCCCCGGACCGGCACCCGGGCGGGGGGAGGGGCAGUGGCCCCGAACCUCACUCAUCGCCACUCCCCGCGUUUCCCGUCUGGACAGCGGCAGCCCCCGGGCCGGGCGGGACCAUGUUGUCCAUGACGUACAGCGAGAGCCUGAGGAGCGUGAGCAGCAGGUGUCACUCGGACUGGGCCCUGCACCCCGUGCGCCAGACGGACACGCUGGAGCUGCAGCGGCUGCGGGAGGUGCGGGCGGCCGCCCAGGCCAGGAACAUGGAGAGCUUCCUGCGCAUGCACGGCCUCUCCCUGGAUGGCUGCACCGCCCGGCGCACGGGCAUGAAGUACCGGAACUUGGGCAAGUCAGGCCUGCGGGUCUCCUGCCUGGGGCUCGGAACAUGGGUGACCUUCGGAGGCCAGAUCACCGAUGAGAUGGCAGAGCAGCUAAUGACCUUGGCCUAUGACAAUGGCAUCAACCUCUUCGAUACCGCAGAAGUCUAUGCAGCUGGCAAGGCUGAAGUGGUAUUAGGAAACAUCAUCAAGAAGAAGGGAUGGAGACGGUCCAGCCUGGUCAUCACCACCAAGAUCUUCUGGGGAGGAAAAGCAGAGACUGAGAGAGGCCUUUCCAGGAAGCACAUCAUAGAAGGUCUGAAGGCCUCCCUGGAGCGACUGCAGUUGGAGUAUGUGGACGUGGUGUUUGCCAACCGCCCAGACCCCAACACGCCCAUGGAAGGGGACCCAUUUAGUUCCUCCAAGUCAAGGACAUUCAUCAUAGAAGAGACCGUGCGCGCCAUGACCCAUGUCAUCAACCAGGGGAUGGCCAUGUACUGGGGCACGUCGCGCUGGAGCUCCAUGGAGAUUAUGGAGGCCUACUCCGUGGCCCGGCAAUUCAACCUGACCCCGCCCAUCUGCGAGCAGGCGGAGUACCACAUGUUCCAGCGCGAGAAGGUGGAAGUGCAGCUGCCCGAGCUCUUCCACAAGAUAGGAGUGGGCGCCAUGACCUGGUCCCCUCUGGCCUGCGGCAUCGUUUCCGGAAAGUACGACAGUGGCAUCCCACCCUACUCAAGAGCCUCCUUGAAGGGCUACCAGUGGCUGAAGGACAAGAUCCUGAGUGAGGAGGGCCGGCGCCAGCAGGCCAAGCUGAAGGAGCUGCAGGCCAUCGCCGAGCGCCUGGGCUGCACCCUCCCCCAGCUAGCCAUAGCCUGGUGCCUGAGGAACGAGGGGGUCAGCUCCGUGCUCCUGGGUGCUUCCAGCGCGGACCAGCUCAUGGAGAACAUUGGAGCCAUACAGGUCCUUCCGAAACUGUCAUCUUCCAUUAUCCACGAGAUUGAUAGUAUUUUGGGCAAUAAACCCUACAGCAAAAAAGACUACCGAUCCUAAGAAGCCCCCGGCCGCUCGCCUGGACACUUUCGUUCCCCCUCGUCUCUCUCGUUCGCUCGCUUAAGCUGUUUCGAAGCCAAGUCCGGGGUGUGGUUUGCCUCAAAAAGAAAACAUCACGGCGAGAUGUCCUUGGGGAAAAGAUCUCAAAAGCUGCUGCAAGAUGCCAUUCGCUGCUUCGCGGACUGAAUUCAGAUCCAUACGGGGAGACCGCACGGACGGGGCAGGGUGCUGGAGCGCUCCCGCCCGAGCCCGCCUGCAGCCUCUGCUCACCCCGCAGGAAGAAACCACUGCUGCUGCUCCCAGGCUCAGCCCUUCCCAGAGACACCUCUAGUCCAGGCCAGGCUGAGACCCGGCUGGGUCCUGGGGGCAGCAGGGCCGUCCUCUCCUCCCCUGAGAGCCCCCAGCUGGUGUCAGGGUGGGAAAGAGGAAACCAGGUCUGGCUCUUCCCGCGGUGCCCUCCGCUGGGGCACUGGACGUAAGGCGGGGCCUCCCCGGUGGGUGUCUCCUUCACCUCCCUCUUGUUAAGGGCUCCCGGCAUUUUACGUUAGGCCUGACCCCAGAUUCCUUCUGCAGCCCCUUGAGCACCACAAUCUGCCCCCCACGGGUCUCCCAGGGGCCUUCCGAGCUGUACCUUGACCCCAGCCCCCCCCUUACUGGCAGGGGCCGAGAUCCAGGGGGACCCACUAUUGAGUGGGGCCCACGGGAAGUUCGGGGGUCUAACCGAGCUCAUGGCUCUGCCGGCUUCCUCCCUGCCCACAGGCCAUGAACCCCAUGCCCAGAGCAGCCCUGAGCACUGGGGAGGGGCACAAGCAGGCUCAGCCCAGGUCCCUCCAGGCCCCCAGCCGCCCUCCUGGCCAGGUUCUCUGUCCCACUGCCCCUCAGUCCUGGCCGCAGAAGGCCCUGAGGUCGCGGGUACAUAGCUGGACUGUGGCUACCGACCACAUUCAAAGGGGUGCACCUUGGCUCUACCUGGGGGUGGACUUCGGGUCUGCACAGAGACCACACUCAGGCCCGUUCAGGGGGGGCGGGUCCCAGGGGGUUCCUGUGCUGCGUGCCCCGGGGCUGGGGGGCCUAAACGUCUAGCAGGAGCUCCCACAGUCUAGAAGACCCCAGGAUUCUCUCCCCGGGCCGUGCCUUCCUCAAGGCCUCCUAUCCGGUCGGGGUGAGGCACCCCGUGUGAGGGGGCUAAGUCUGGGUGCCCCCAACCUCCACACACACCCCUGUGAAGAGGUCAGGACCGCUGGAGUCAGUGGUUCCCUGAUGCGCACCCCCGCACUAGAACCGGCCAAUGACAGGGAGUUGGGGAAGGACAGACAGAACUGACAGCCACAGGCUGGGAAGGUAGAGGACGGGAGGGGCCGGCGGCCAGGAAUCCCAGUGCCCAUGGCCCCAAGCUAUGGGCCUCUGCUGGCUAGGUGGGGGGCUGGGGCUAGGAGCCCACGCUGCCAUAGGAAGCCUGUGUGCCUCCAGUCUGGGCAGCUCCUCACCCCACCACCCGGCACACCCUCACCCACCCAGGCCUGCUUCGCCCUUAGACGGGCCACUGUCGGAGGAGCUCCUCCCUGCCAUUCCGAGAGGGCCUGCUGGCCCGUCCAGGCUGGGCUGAGGCCUCGGAAAGCCACACGCACAAGCAGGGAGGCGGGGAGGGACACAACUUCCAUUCCUGACAUUUGUGCUGACCCUGGAGUCUAGAACCCACCCCCCUCCUCCCGGACCAGGCCCCUGGGGGUUCACCGCCACCAAAUCUACAGGCUGCACACUGUGGGUGUGGGGAGGGAGCGAGCCUGUCCCUGCAGGGCACCCCUCCAGCCUGUGGCCAGAGGGACCAGGUCGCCCACCCCUCAUUGGGGGGGAGUGGUUGGGCCCCCUUCACAUGGCUGCCCCCAGCCUGCCCACUGCGGAGGAUGGACCAUGGGUUGCAGUGGGACCGGAGGGAGGGGCCACUGCCCCCCUCACCAGAGCCACACCUGGGAAGGCCACAUGUCUGCCAGAGGGUGGCCUUCAGGGUUUAGCAGGGCUAAGGCCGAAAUGCCCAUUGCCAGGACCCAAGAAGCUUCCUGGCCCCGGGAGCGCCGUCCACAACCCCGUUCUGAGGGGUCCUCUCUUUUCCACGGUCACUGGCAGGAAGGACAGGGCUCUGCUUCCUGGGGGAGGGCCCCCGACUUAGAAGGGGGCUGGUGUGGGGUAGGGGGUCGGGGGCGUCCCAAGGGCAGCUAGAUUCUGGAGACAGAAGGCCAGGCAGAGGCAGGCCCUGGAGUGGCCCAGGCCCUACCAAGAGGGGCAGCCCCCCAGGAGCCCCAGCUGACCCCCAACCAGCCUCUGGCCCUCCCCUUGGGGCAGACCCCUGGGGAGUGCCCCACACAGGACAGGACAAGACAGAGGCCCAGGCUGAGGGCAGGGCUGGGCUCAGUCUCCUUUGCUGACACGCAAGAGCCCCCAUCGUUUCUCAUCCCAAACCCCCAAACCCCGCAGGAACCCGAGGUCCCGAGAAAUGAGAGAGGGGCAGACUCCGUCUUCUGUCCUCUUCCCCUCGUGUAAAUAAUGCGCUUUUCUUCUCUCCCCUUUUUUUUAAUGACCAAGGCUCCUCAGCUAACCACACUCCCAGCUGUAGGCGGAGACCGCCUCACGCCUCCCGCUUCCAGACACAGCUGAGAUACAGCCACUGUAUUUAUGGAAUGACAAAUAAAACCCCAGCCUGUCGGGGGUCUGCGGC